AUGUCUGAUAACGACCUCGACGUGCUUCUUGACGAGGCGAUGGAUAUGGUCGACGAACAGGAGCGCAAGCACGAGGAGGAGGUUCGCGUACGGGACGCAAAGUUGGAGGACGAUCUGCAAAAGGCUCUGGAUGAGGCCUCUGGUACAGUCAGUGGUGACGCGGAUAUGAUGAAGAUGUUUAUGUCCAUGCUCGGCGGUGGCGCUGACGACGCUUCUCUCGACGGUUUCAAGAAAAGCGUCAUGACAAUGGUUUCCACACUGGAGGUGGAGGAGAAUUUGGGCGAAGAGGACAAGGCGAACCUGCUACGAGUGAAGGAGCUGAUGCGCGUGAUGGAAGAGGAGGACCUUGACAAGGCAAACAGCUUACUGGAGCAGAUGAAGCAGGAGGGCAAGCUUCCUGAUGACAAUAGCGUCGGUGACGCGGAUGUCGAUGAGGCGUCGAGACGGUGCAUGGAAAUGCUCCAACAGCUCUCCAACGCCACACAAGGAGGGAAUGUGGACCCAGCGUCGACGCCGGUAGCAGCCUCGUCGUCUUCAGCUACAUCACCGGCGGCCUCAGCUGGCAAUAGUGCCACGAUCCCUGCUGAGGUAGACCGUGCAACGGAGGCCAUGGCAUCGGCUUUGAUUUCGACGCUAGUGGAUCCACAGUUUGUCGAACCCAUAAAACUGAUGCGCGACUCGUACGGACCGUACAUGGAGGCGCACCGCAGCGAGCUGUCGCAGGAGGACUGCGAGCGCUACGAUCGCCAACAAGCCAGGGCGCAAGAAAUCUGCGACUUACUGCAGAACCCCAUCUCUGGAGCAGAGGAUCCACGGCUCGUGCAGCUGCUGGAGCUCAUGAACAACUACUCGGAGCUAGGUAAUCCGCCGAGCAACCUGGUCGAGUAUGCGCCUAAGAAUCGAAAGGAGUCGAACAGUGCCAGUGACACGACGGCAUAA